CCCGAUACCCGUUUCGAAAUCGUGUACGAAGGUACUGAGAAUGAACUAUUCUGGAAAUGCGUUGGUGGAAAACGAAAAGUGGAUCAAUCAGCCGACUUUCUUCAAUACGGUCGUCUGUUCCGUUUGUCUAAUGACCAAGGGUAUUUUUGUGCAUCCGAGAAGUGUUCAGAUUUUUGUCAAGACGAUCUGGCCGAUGAUGAUGUGAUGAUGUUGGACACAGGGGAUCAGGUAAUUUUUCUCGUGAUUGUUAUCCUAUUUGUGUUGUGCUCACCGUUUGCCUCGAAGAGCUCACGCUCAUAG